AUGAAGAAGGCCAUACAGUCCGCCAGUGGUAACCUAUACCUUGCUUUUGAGCAAAUCGAUGAAUUCUACAGAUUAAAGAAUCUAAGUUGGGAUCGUCAAUUGGAUAGCGAACAUUUCGGUGUAAACUCCCAUAUCCCGCCAAGUCAAAAGGAAAGGCUGGUAGAUUUACAGCGCCACAUAUCGAAGUUCGCAUUCAAUGCAAUUCGCAAGGAGCUUGUAUAUCCAAAUCCGCUAAGAACCGACAACUGUCGAUGUGCAAUCAAAGCUCAUUACGGAAUUCCUUGCUGUCACAUGAUACCGUCUAAAGGAAAAAUUCCUUUGAGCAUUAUCCCUAGACGCUGGCAUCUCCAUCCUAAAAAAACAGCUCCUGAAGAGGAAGAAACACUCCACAGUAGCAGCAACAUUCUAGCGAUCUCGGAAUCAUAUUCUGCUCCCACCAUGGAGAGUCAAAUCGAGGCUGAGCUCACGCGUAUCACCACUAUGUUGCAUCGAUUUCCUGACCAAAAGCAACGCUCAACUCUUCUACGCCAUUUGCAAGCCAUCAGCGAUGAUCUUUUUAUGGACAUCAAGCAACUGGAGCAGCCAAAAUCUCUACCAACGAAAGGCAAACCUAAGCGCAGCUCAAAGCGCGAUCUUAUUGCUUUGGAACACCAACAGAACGAAAGCAACAAGAAAGCCAAAACAAACGCGGGUCGCGAAGCAGCCGAUAUUUGGUAA